UCUUAGUCCACAUGUUACUAUGUUAGUCCAUGGUCCGUGUCAGUGUGUCACUACUCAUACUCAGUAGUCAGUUCUCAUURGUCAUUAUUCACUAGUCAGUACGCGUGUAUUUAAUUAUGGCCGGCAACACCGAUUGGAAUUCGAUCGUGAUGACGGCCGAAAAGCUGCAGACCAACGCCAUCACCGAUACGGGUAUGCCUAGCGUCACCCGGAACAUCCGACAGUUGUUGGACGCCGCCGAAAACCUGUGGACGAAAGUCGGCGUGCCGGGCGUGGAGGCCAAGGGCAAUGUGUUCCUGUGCAGCCGCGGCGUGGACGCCCCGCAGGUGCCCAAGCAGUUGGAAAAGCUCAGCUCCGUUGGCUCGAUGGACACCCUGGACCCGAAGCCGGACAUGGACGUGGACAGCUUUGUGAAGAACGAGGUGCAGAACGCCAUACUCAGCCUGAUCGAGUCGGUGAAGAAGAGCAACGAAGACUUCAUCGACAGGCGACAAAGCGAGGCCACUAGCAAAUGUUGGAGGAACAAGAAGAUCAAUAUCAUCAACUCAUUCCCUGGCUACGUGCCAAACUCAUCGUCGAGCCCCGGUUCAAGUGUGAUGCCGUCCAUUGCCAAGCUCAAUACCACCAACUUUGGCCUGAGCGCCCAGUUGGACCAGGUCGAACUCGCGUACGCCAAACACUUGUGUGAAUACAAUCAACAYGUGGAACAACACGGGGUUCAAACCGACAUUUUGCAGUCUUUCACGACAGCGGCAGAAAUUGCCCACGACGAUCGCAUUAACGAAAUGUGGAAGAUAGUCAAAUGCAUGAGUCAGAUCGUGCCCGAAUAUGGUUCCAAGUAUGCCAGGAGUUCUGCGGUCAACCAAAAAACUAUGAUCGCAAAUKCCAGAACCUAUCUCGAACAGAGGUAUAUCGUGUUCAUGAAAGGCUAUGUGAAGAGCCACAUGUCCAAAGCAAAACUUGGCGGUAUCCCGGGCACUUAUCCACUUGUGCGAAGUUUUGUCAGUGUCUACAUCAAUCAGUACAACAACCCUGAUAAUCUAUUUCAUGACGGUGUUCCAUUUUGGCCGCUGGUAUAUUAUCUAAGUCGCUGUGGUGAUUUAGAAUCCGUUGUACGCAUUUUAGAAAAAAAUAAUCAGGAUACUACGUUACUAAAUGCUUUUACAAACAUAAGAAAUAACCAUAAUUACAUGAGCUUAAACAAUCAAGGAUUUACUACUUCAAUGGCAUGGGACUCCAAUGAUCCAUUCAAAAAAGUGAUUUAUUCUUUAGUCUCUGCUAUUGAUGUGUCGAAUAAACAUUCAGAUGUGAUCAAGACUGCGGACGAUUAUCUGUGGUUGAAACUAUGUCAAGUCAGAAAUGAUCAAGACAAGCUCACAUAUCCUGUACUCCAGUCUAUGAUCUAUGAUGAAUACAAAGAUCAAUUCAGUGAAGUCCAGCCCAUGUCUUAUUUCCAAUUGCUUUUCUUAACCGGUCAAUUCGAAUCGGCUAUUCAAUUUAUUUUCCUAUUGAUGAUGUCUCCAGGCCAAUACAGUUUUAAGAGACGUGAAGGAAACAACAAGAUUUUMUAA